AUGGAGAAAGGUUAUACGCAACUUGAAAAUAAGAAUUCUUUGCCACAAAAUGAAAAGGAGACUUUGUUGAAGAUGAGGAAGGAUCAACAAGCACUUACCUUCAUCUAUCAAGGUUUAGAUGAAGGCAUCUUUGAGAUGGUGUUCAAUGUCUCCACCUCCAAAGAAGCUUGGGAGAUUUUGCUAACAUCCCUUGAAGAUGUUGACAAGGUGAAAAAGGUGUGCCUACAAACUCUUGGUGGAAAGUUUAAAUCCUUGGAUAUGAAGCAAUUUGAGUCAAUUUUGGAUUUUGGCAAUAGGGUGAUAAUGAUUGUGAAGCAAAUGAAGCGUUAUCAGGAGAAUAUGGAAGAAGCUCAUGUUGUAGAGAAGGUCCUUCGUUCUUUAAUCGCAAAAUUUGAUUUUGUGAUUUGUGUAAUUGAAAAGUCAAAGGACAUUGAAUCAAUGACUGUGGACCGAUUAUUAGGUUCACUUCAAGCAUAUGAAGAAAGGUUCAAAAGAAGAAAUGAUGAGCCUUUGGAGAAAGUUCUUAAAGCCAAAGCUUCUUUGAAAGUAAAAGGAAGAGACAACACAUGA